AUGUCCGGCGAUCUCAUCAUCUCGGGAGACUGUGGCGGCACGAACACGCGCCUGACGCUGUGGCUCAUCCCCAAAGGCUCUGUCGCGUUCAAAGGGUCCGUGGCCCCGGGCGAGAUCACGUUUGCCAAGAAGUACCACAAUGAGAACUACGGCAGCUUCUCCGAGGUCUGCCACCUCUUUAUGAAAGAGGCGCGUCUGGUCGACCGCUUGCCAGUGGCCUGUGUGUUGGCUUGUGCCGGCCCGAUCUUGAACAAUACGGUCGAGUUCACGAACAUCCAGGACGGCUGGAAGAUUGACGGUCCUGGACUGGAAAAAGAGCUCGGGAUCACGACCGUCAAGUUGAUCAAUGACUUUGCUGCUAUGGGCUACGGCCUUUUGACUCUCAAACCUCACGAGUACAUUGUACUGAACGAGGCAAAGAAGGAAGAGGGCAUGCCGAUUGCGACGAUUGGUGCUGGCACUGGCCUUGGCGAGUGCUAUCUGACCGCCGAUAAAGAGGGACAGUACUCUUGUUUCGCCUGCGAGGGAGGCCACACGGACUUCGCGCCGGCUGAUGCCAUUGAGAUUGAGCUCUACAAUUCCAUAAAGCAAGAACUGGGCUGCGAUCGCCGCUUUUCGGUCGAACGCAUUGUCAGUGGUCCAGGGCUCGCUACGAUCUACAAGUUCUUGGCGAAGAAGUUCCCGGAGAAAGUGGACAGCAAGGUGCACGACGCAUUCCUAGCUGCCAAGUCCUUACAAGGCAAGAUUGUAGGCGACAACGCCAAGACGAACGCACUAUGCAACCAGGCCAUGGAGAUUUUCGUCGAUGCGUACGGUCGCGAAGCUGGCUGUGCGAUGCUCAAGUACCUUCCUCGUGGUGGCUUCUACAUUACUGGUGGAUUGGCCCCGAAGAACCUCGACUACUUCACAAAGAAGGACAUUUUCCUCAAGGCAUGCUUUAAUAAGGGCCGCGUCAGUCCGGCGCUCCGAGCUAUCCCUAUUUACUUGGUUCUGACAGAGGAUCUGGGUGAACGUGGCGCGCACUAUUUUGCGUACCAGCUGUUGGAGUCGUACAACAACAGCUUGUUGGGCCAUGCUAUCGCCCGGGAACGCGUGCAAGAAAAAUUUGCGACUGUCAAUCACAUUGCAAUCUACUCGUUCAUCGCUACACUGAGCGUCGUUGCUGGCUUCAUUUUCGGACGGAAGUAA